AGAGGGAGAGAGGUGGUGGCUGUAGUGUACCAUAUUGACAUGGCACAUUUGGGUGAGGAGGUGUCGCUGUCUGUUGACCGUCUGUGACAAGGUCAGAGGUCAAGCGGUCUGACCCUGCGAAAUAUUUUUAAUCUGAUGUUGACAGAUGGACUUGGGUUAUGCGUUUGAUUGGAUUGUAACAGUCAAGAUGUUAUCCCUGUGAAUCACAAGCAGCAGUUGCCAUGGUGCAGGUGAGAGAGGUCAUGGGGUCGUGGGCAGCGCCAGGGUUGGGGUCAUUCUCUUCAGAGGUCGUCGUGUUCUCUCUGCUCUUCCUCCUCCUCUCCAUCAUUCUCGCCCUUUGCACUAACUGCAGAAGGCAUUCCUUUGAGCUCCGGGAUGGUGGUGAGGAGGUGGACAGAACCCAGUCACAGCUGGUCAGAGUGGUGAGAGCUGGGACAGGCAACAACAAUGAUGACAGCUAUGUCCUGACCAGGGUUACACUUGGGAUGGGGGUAGGCGCUCAGAAGUCGGUGAAGCUGGAGGAUGCCCUGGCUGCCAGGGAGAAUCCCAUGAUCAAUGACAUCAGAAAAGACGAGAGAGAUUUCAGUCCCAGACCUGAGGACAGUGUUAUUGGUGUCCCAGAGCAGCCUCCUGCUGAGCAGUAUGGCACCAGGUUGAAACCCUGGAGGAGCCACAGGGAGGCACCUGAUCAAGGUGAUUCUUCAGGUGCCUUAGAGAUUGCAAAUGGAAGCCCCGUAGCCAUGACGAUUAGAUCUCCUUCGCCUCCCACCACCGUCGACAUUGGUGACCUGAGUGACGUCCUGAAUUUCACACCUGAGCUCCACUCAAUCCCAGCCCCCAUUGCCAUGGUGGAAGUCGACACCCCCCUUGAGUCUGUAUCCCCACCUGUCUAUUCAGAGGACACCCUAGAUGCCACCAUCGUGAGCAGUCUUAAACCUGUGGAAGCCACCAUCGUGGAUGUCUCCAUCAUGAGCAGCCUUGAACCUGUUGAUGUUCCCAUCCUUGAACCUCUGGAUGUCCCCAUCGUGAGCAGUCUUGAACCUGUGGAAGACCCCAUCGUGGAUGUCCACAUCAUGAGCAGCCUUGAACUUGUGGAAGCCCCCUUAGUGGAUCUCCCCAUCAUGGAUGUCCCCAUUGUGAACAGCCUUGAACCUGUUGAUGCCCCCAUCGUGAGCAGUCUUGAACCUGUGGAAGCCCCCAUCGUGGAGGUCCCCAUCGUGAGCAGUCUUGAACCUGUGGAAGACCCCAUCGUGGAUGUCCUCAUCAUGAGCAGCCUUGAACUUGUGGAAGCCCCCUUAGUGGAUCUCCCCAUCAUGGAUGUCCCCAUUGUGAACAGCCUUGAACCUCUGCAAGCCCCCAUCGUGGAUGCACCCAUCGUGAGCAGCCUUGAAUUGGUUGAACCUGUGGAUGCUUCCAUCGUGAGCAGCCUUGAACCUGUUGAACAUGCGGAUGCCACUGUCAUUAAUUACCUUGAUAUCCUGAAUGCUCCAGUUGGCUUAGAGACCCUGGAUGCCCCAGUCAUGAACAGUCUUGACACACUGGUGCUGGAUGCCUUCAUUGUGAACAGCCUUGAACUUCUGGACAUUCCUGUCAUCAAUGACCUUGACACUCCAGAUACCCCCAUCGUAAAUAUUCUUGACACCCUGGAGCUGGAUGCUCCCAUCAUAGAUGUCCCCAUCGUGGAUGCCCCCAUCGUGGACUGCCUUGAACCUGUGGAUGUCGCCAUCGUGGACAGCCUUGCACCUGUGGAUGUUCUCAUCAUGAAUGACAUUGACCUCCUCAAUGUCCCCGUCAUGAACGACCUUGAUCUCCUGGAGGCCCCUGCGGAGUUCAGCUCCAGCUUUAUCCCUCAGCUUGAAGUAGAGGGUCAUGUGGAGGGUGAGGACCAGAACCAUGGGCCUUCCCUGUGUGUCCGACCCCAGCACACCUAUGAGAUCAUUGGGGAGCUCACUCCUGAUGAACUCUCUGUGGAAGUGGACCUGGCAACCCCAGGCUAUCAAACCAUAGCUGAACUGGUCCAUGAAUCAACCACACAGCCUGACGAUGACACAACCACAGUCACCGAGCCAGCGGACCAGGCUAUGAGACCAUAGCUAAACUGGUCCAGGAUUCGAGUGCAACCACACUGCCUGAAGAUGACCCUAUGACAACUACAGUCACAGAGCCAGGGGAUCUGGUAACCCCUGGGUAUGAAACCAUAGCUGAACUGGUCCAGAAAUCGAGCGCAACUACACUGCCUGACAAUGAGCCAAUAACAACCACAGUCACAGAGGCAGGAGAAGGGCUUGACCUGACAAGCCCUCUCUCAUUGGUGGAGGAGGUAGAGGAGGGUUUAGUUAAAGUACCACCCCACCCCCUGUGCCUCAAUGGAAGGAUGAAAAACAGGAGGGAUUUUCACCUCCAUUACCGGAGAGAAGUGGAGAGAUGAUCAUCGUAGAAUAUCUCAAGACUUAUAAAGCACUGCAAAUGUGUGUUAUAAUGUCGUCAAUGCUACUAUACUCAACUGUGUCGUAUUUCUAGAUGUAACAUGUCUCAGAUGAUAAGGGUUGUACCCAGUCCACAUAUAAAGUAACACUUUAUAUCUCACUAUCCUUCUUAUACACUAUUUCCAGUCCUUUGAUUAGCUUUGCAUUAAACUCCGUACAACACAAUGCUAUGCUACACAUUCCAUAAGGGAGGACCUUAGGCCCAGAGUAGAACUGGGUCCCCUAACAUGUUCCAGAGUAGGCUUUAUGUUUGUAUGUACUAAUACAUUACAGGGUGAAGUGGCAAUUACACAGUAAUAAAUCUAUGAGUUACUGGU